AUUGUUUACUGGUAGGUGCGGGGCCACGUGCUUUCUCUUCUCAGCUGUGAAAAUGAAAGAGCGAGCAAAUAACAAACUUCCCAGUAAUUUGCCCCAGCUACAGAACCUUAUUAAGCGUGACCCAUUGUCAUAUAAAGAUGAGUUUAAUCUUCAGCAUCUCCACUACCAAUCACAACUUCAAGCUUUUCGCUUGCAUCCGACGGAACACAAAAAGGAACUCGAGGAACUUGUCAUGUUCCUGGCACAGGUUAGUCACUGCUACCAAGAUUCUAUGAAGCAGUUUCCCCAAGAAUUAGUAGACCUUCUGAGGAACUACAGUACACAACUUGACCCAGGCAUGAGAAUGACGUUUUGUCGUGCUCUGAUCUUACUGAGGAAUAAAGCCCUGCUGCGUCCAACAGACCUUCUCGAACUAUUCUUCAGCCUCUUCAGGUGUCAGGAUAAGCUUCUUCGGAGUUUUCUAAAAUCGCACAUCAUCACUGACAUAAAGAACAUAAACGCCAACAAAAAGGAUGCAAAAGUGAAUUCUGUGUUGCAGAGUUUCAUGUUCACUAUGCUGAAAGACAGCAACCAAAUUGCUGCAAAGACAUCUCUGGAUGUUAUGAUUGCAUUGUACAAGAAGAAUAUUUGGAACGAUGCAAAGACUGUCAAUGCUAUUGGAACGGCCUGUUUUCAUAAAGUUACAAAGAUCUUAGUAACAGCCUUGAAAUUCUUCCUUGGAAGUGAUGAUGUAGAAGAGAAAGAAGAAUCGAGCAGUGAAUCAGAGGAUGAACAAACAGUAAUCCGGGAAGUAAUGAUGGCCAAUCGAGUCAAUAAAAAAUCUAGGAAGCGGAAAAAAGUGCUUCAAAAGACUAAACAAGCUGCAAAGAAAGCAAAGAAAGACAGCAAGGCACAGCCUUUCAACUUCUCAGCUCUUCACCUUGUUCAUGACCCUCAGGGCAUGGCAGAAAAGCUGCUCAAGUCCUUGCAUGACAUGAAUGAGAGAUUUGAAGUAAAACUAAUGGUGAUAAACCUUAUCUCGAGGCUUGUUGGCGUUCACGAGCUGUUCCUGUUCAAUUUCUACCCUGUGGUACAGAGGUUCCUCAUGCCACACCAGAGAGAAGUGACAAAAAUCUUGCAAUAUACUGCACAGGCAUCACAUGAACUUGUACCUCCUGAUGUAUUAGAACCGGUUCUGAUGACGAUCGCAAAUAACUUUGUGACAGAACGCAACUCGGCAGAAGUCAUGACAGUUGGCCUAAAUGCAAUCCGUGAACUUUGUACCCGUUGUCCACUUGUCAUGAAUGCAGAUCUGCUGCACGAUCUUGUACAGUACAAGACCUAUCGUGAUAAAAAUGUUUCCAUGGCAGCCAAGUCAUUGAUUCACCUGUACAGGACAGUUAACCCUGAUAUGCUCGCAAGGAAGUUCAGGAGUAAGCCAACGGAAGAGAGCCAGGAACUGCAGGUGAAGAAGUACGGAGAGCUGAAAGCUCCAAGCUGUGUUCCUGGUGCGGAAGUGCUAGACAUUGGAGAAAAGCCCGAAGAGGAACUCCUGGAAGAGGACGAAGCUGAUAGCGACUCUGAAGGCUGGGUGGACGUCUCGCACUCGGAAGACGAGGGAGAAAAUUCACUGACACAGAUAGAUGAUGAUGAUGAUGAUGAUGCAAAGGAAGAAGAGGAGAAACUGACUCCAGAAGAGAAGGCCAAAAAGGCAGCGCUGGUGUCCGAAAGCAGGAUUCUAAGUCAGCAAGAUUUUGCAAAAGUGAAGGCAGCCCAGCUUUCAAAGAAACUGAAUGCUGCCAUUCCGAAACGUUUCAUGAAGAAAGCAGAAGCUCAGACGAGCACGGUUGCAGCAGAGACGGUUUCUGCGGAAAAGAAAGAGCUGGUGUCCCUGAGGGACAUUGAAAAGCUCCACAAGAAACCCAGAAGUACCAAGGAGUCUCGCUUGGCAACCAUCAGGGAGGGCCGAGAGGGCCGUGAAAAGUACGGCUUUCACUCUAAGAAAGCAGAGUAUGCCAGCCGUACUAACAAAGAGAAGCGCAAGACCAAGGCUUUCAAUAUGAUCAAGCAUAAGGCCAAGAGGAAACAGAAGAGGUCCUUCAGGGACAAACAAGUGGCACUGAGAGAUGCACUACUCAAAAAGAAGAGGAGGAAGUGAAGCAACAAGACGAAUAAAUGUAAAGUAAAAUGUU